GAUCAGUGUUUUGUAAUGAAGGUUUUUUUCACCUCCUCCCUCUCUCUCUAUCUGUGCUGCCUAUUAUUAGCCGCUGAGGCCUGAGUGUCGAGUGCGUGGAGGUGGAUGCAUCCACAUGACGGUCACUGCUGCAGCUCUGCAUGGCACCGACAGGCGUGACUGAGGACCAUAGGAAUUAUUAUCCGCUUGAAUUAGGCGUCCCCUUUUCCUCCCUACCCCUCCCGCCCCCCACAAAAUUUUAGAGUCCUCGCCCGCUUUGCCUUGAAGAUGAGGUUAAAUACGCGUUGUAGCCAGCAGGUGCAAAGCCGCAUCCGAUGGAGUCGUGCUUUGUGUCUCGUCCCUCCGCUAAUCCCAUGCGCCACUUCCUUGCGUUACGAUAAACACAGCCAAGAGUCAGUGACGGAGUGUUACAUAACGCGUAAUGCAGCACAGCCUCAUGACUAGACAGCCUCGCUGGUGGAGGGACUGUGCGGUCCUUCUGGUCGCAUUUGACAGAUUCUGAUAUGGACUAUGAGAGGCCAAACGUUGAAACCAUCAAGUGCGUGGUGGUGGGAGACAAUGCCGUUGGAAAGACACGCCUUAUCUGCGCCAGAGCCUGCAACGCCACACUCACACAGUACCAGCUGCUGGCAACACAUGUGCCCACAGUCUGGGCCAUCGACCAGUACAGAGUAUGCCAGGAGGUUUUGGAACGCUCCAGAGACGUGGUGGAUGAUGUCAGCGUUUCCCUUCGUCUCUGGGAUACCUUUGGAGACCACCACAAGGACAGACGUUUUGCAUACGGCAGGUCUGAUGUGGUGGUACUGUGCUUUUCAAUUGCCAACCCUAACUCGCUAUACCACGUGAAGACUAUGUGGUACCCUGAGAUUAAACACUUCUGCCCCCGUGCGCCUGUCAUCCUGGUGGGAUGUCAGCUGGACCUACGCUACGCAGACCUGGAGGCAGUGAACAGGGCACGGAGGCCUUUAGCCAGACCCAUUAAAUCCAAUGAGAUACUUCCCCCAGAGAGAGGCAGGGAGGUGGCCAAAGAGUUGGGAGUGCCGUAUUACGAAACCAGUGUUGUCGCUCAAUUCGGAGUCAAGGACGUCUUUGAUAAUGCUAUCCGAGCUGCGCUUAUCUCACGCCGCCACCUGCAGUUUUGGAAAUCUCACCUCAGAAAUGUACAGCGGCCUCUACUUCAGGCGCCCUUCCUGCCGCCAAAACCCCCGCCGCCCAUAAUCACUGUGCCGCCUCCCCCGACGACGACAGAGGAGCACCCAGUUGGUCUACUGGAGGACCCACACUGUGCUGAUGUCAUUCUCGUGCUGCAGGAACGACAGAAGAUCUUUGCACACAAAAUAUACUUAUCAACAGCCUCUUCAAAGUUCUAUGACCUCUUUAUUAUGGACACACAAAAUGAGGAGACUGAAAGACCUCCUCGUGGUCCUCUUUCGGGCCGAGAGCUGCUGAUGCGUGCUGCUAGUUUCGACGUGUGUGAGAGCAACGACGAAGGGGACAGGGCCAACCUGAGAGCCUGCACCAGUGACGGAACUUUGAAAGACUCACAAGGAGGAAGGCGUGGACGCUUGCUUUCCUCGUGGAGUCGAGCUUUUGUCAGCAUCCAGGAGGAGCUUGUGGACGAUCCAAUCACGUACAGUCCCAGGCCCAUGACUGUAGUGCACAUGGACCAGUCUAUGCAGCUGGGACCUUUCCGAGCAGUGCUUCGCUACCUGUACACAGGACAGCUGGAUGAGAAUGAGAAGGAACUAAUGCACAUUGCCCAUAUUGCUGAGCUGUUGGAGGUCUUUGACCUGCGCAUGAUGGUGGCGAACAUACUCAACAAUGAAGCCUUCAUGAACCAAGAAAUCACCAAAGCCUUCCAUGUACGCCGUACAAAUAGAGUCAAGGAGUGCUUGGCCAAAGGAACCUUUUCUGAUGUAGUUUUUAAGUUAGAUGAUGGAACGAUCAUGGCCCACAAGCCUCUACUCAUCUCAAGUUGUGACUGGAUGGCAGCUAUGUUUGGUGGACCCUUUGUUGAGAGUUGCACCAAAGAGGUGCUGUUCCCUAACACCACUCGCAGCUGUAUGAGGGCUGUGCUUGAGUAUCUCUAUACGGGGCGCUUCUGUUCUCGAUCUGACCUGGAUGCAAUGGAGCUUAUUGUUCUUGCCAAUCGUCUUUGUCUCCCCCACUUGGUUGCACUCACAGAGCUCUACACAGUAACAGUACUUACAGAAGCUGCCAUGAUGGGGGCUGACAUUGAUGGAGAUGUGCUGGUCUAUCUGGACAUGGCCCAGUUUCACGGUGCCCAGCAACUAACUGGCUGGUGCCUUCACCACAUCUGCACCAACUACAACAGUGUUUGCCGCAAGUUCCCCAGAGACAUGAAGGCUAAAUCAACAGAGAACCAAGACUAUUUUGAGAAACACCGCUGGCCACCGGUAUGGUACCUGAAGGAGGACGAUCACUUCCAAAGAGCACGAAAAGAGCGUGACAAGGAGGACUAUCUGUACCAGAGGCGCCAGUGUAAACGCAAGUGGCUCUUCUGGAACCUUCCGUCAUCCCCUAACUCAAACUCGUCGUCUUCUGGUUCAUCUGCUGUCAUCUGAGCAAAGGCCGUGAGAAUGGAGGAGCUUUGUGAGUAUGUGGAUGUGAGGACAUACUGUACAACUGUGCUGCCGAUUGUUCAGCUAUGCAGGUUCUCCUAAUCUGCUUUGUUUGUCUCAUUUGAAGGUGUUUUUUUAGGGGUGUACAGGACUCAACUGUCAGUGACAUACAGUAAACCCUGCUGGGUAAUGGCACAGUGGAACACUUCCUAUUGAUACUUCACAUUUGUGAUCAUAAUCAUCAUCAUCUAGCCUGAACUGAUAACCAAGUGCUGCUUAUCAGCUGCAACAACCAGCAAUUCAACACAGUUGACUUGAGUCUCAGAGAUAUAGCACUUUGCCCUUAAGUCUUUGUACAAUCUACACGCUCACUAACAGAGUACAGUCUGUCAUCAACAUCAAUAGGACCACCUGACAUGAGUCACUUGAUAACCACACUUACCAGAAGUAUGACCCUAUUGGCAAGUGUUACUUUUGUGUUUAUGUUGAAUGUUUCGUUCACAUUGCAAAGCUAAAAGUGAGUCAGUAUUUACUAGAAUGAUCUUGUCAUCCACGAUCACAAAAGGGCUUUAGUUUACAUGUCCUGAGACACAGGCGGACCCAAAUGAUGGAAAUUAUUGGUGUUCUCUGUAAAAUGAUAUCAAAAUGAGAGCAGACAAAAUCACUAUAAUCACUCGAGAUGGGCAUAGUAAUGAAUGCCUUGUUAUGUUUUUAUUUUUGCAUUUUGAAGCAAUUGAUUUCAAAUGGAGUGCACUAUUCGGCUCCAAACAGCAGAGGUGCUGCUUGCUAGUUUGCAAUCUGAAAAGGAGAAUUAACCUGCAUAGUUCUUUAAUUAAUAAAGAUUAUUCUUGAAGUAAAGAUAUCUGUGGAAAAACACGCUUUCCAUCAAAGUCAGAGGUGUCCAAUCUUUUUCGAGUACCGCAUACUGAAAAAGUUUGAUAUUUUUUAAUUUUGUAAACAUGCUAAAACCAAUUCAACAUAAAUAUGCUAAAAAGUUAUAUAGAGAAAACAACCUGUAUCUCAUCUUGGUUUUAUAGCUUUAUAGGUGAUACAGCUUAUUAUUAGUAGUAUUAUUAGUCAACCUUUACUCAUUUUAAUAUGCCUUUUUGCUGUUGUUUUCUUGUUCAAUUGUGUUUUAUAAUGUGCCACGGGCCAAUAAAAAACAAGCUGCGUGCCGCAAAUGGCCCCCAGGGUGUACUCUGAACACCUCCGAUUUAAGUAAAACAUCUAAGACUACGAAAAAAUUAUCACAUUCAUUGUUAUUUUUCCCCAUAGCCAAUCAAGGAAAUAUCGUCAAAUGCCCAUCCUGAUUUGUCAGUAGUGAUUUUGCUGAGGGUGCCCGACAUAGCUGGCUUAAUAUUCUUUACACACGUUUUAACCUUGACACAAGAACAUUAAAUGCAGUAUGGUGUUGUCAAAAGCUCCAGCAAAUAUAAACAGAAUUUAGGAAGCUAUAUAAAAAAGGCUACCAAGUAAUUUGUCACAUCUUGCACUUGCACUUAUGUUGACCGUAUGUAUGUUGAGUGUGUGUGUGUGUGUGUGUGUGUGGUUGGGGGGGGGGGGCUUCAGCAUUGUUAUUGUUUGUAAACGUGAUGUUUAAAGGAAUAAGGGAACACUGUAAAUUGUACAGAAUGUCAGAUGAACUGCCUUGUUGUGCAGUUGUCUUAUACUGUAUUGUGCACUGCAGGCAGUGAGCAGCAGAACAGCACACUAUGACAUGUCGGAAUAUAGACCUGACUGCUCAGACUGUAGGUUUACGUGCAGGUACUUUGCGGAAAAUAACUCAAUGAUUCAUUUUUAUUGGCCUCCAGUUACACUACUAUUACUACUCUACAGUAUACUAACAGUAUUGUUGUUUAAAUUAGAAUUAGAUUGCAACACAUUUAUAAAAAGAUUACAUGAUAGAAAUGUAUGAAACAUCCAUAAAACACAUUUUUAGGAAUGAUGUAUGAGUCCCAACAUUUGUUCGAGAAGUACAAUUUUAUUAAUAUUUUGAGUUUUAAAGAGCAUCAGAUGGUGUUAUGAUUGAAAUUACUUUUUAAAACAGAAGUCCUUCUUGUAUUAACUUGGGACCUAAUUGAGCCCCUUAAUGAGAAAUAGAUUAAUGCUAUUUGCCAUCAUUUCAAGUAUAAACUAUUGAUAAGUGGUGGUGCUACUAAAUCGACACAAAUUCCAGAACCUCAUUCCACUUGACACAUUGAUGCUCUACAAACAAAAGCAUGUAUCUCCAAUCAAAAUUAUAACAAACAACAAAAAAUGCUUUUGUUUUAAGCAGCACAUUCACAAAAUUUUGAGAUACAUGAAGCAUGUAAAGUGCAAAUGUGACUCUACAAAUCAGCAGAAGGAUAUGUUUUGUUUUCCUGUGGUGUGAUUCAUAAACAUGCAUUUCAUACCUCAGUGCAUUGCUUUUAGAGAAUCUUCUGCUGAUGUUUUUGCAUCAAUGACACCCCGCGCCUUAAUGUACAGUAUCGUGUAUGGUAUUGAAUGUAAUGUAGCGUCAAUGUGGGUAUCAGUGUUCAUAUUUCAUCAUGUGGAUGUAAAGGAAUUGGUGCACAGACUGAGUGCUGUAGUUUGAACAUAAUGGUUUCGGUAUUUUUUUUUUUUGCUGAAAACACAGCAAAUGGAUUACGUUAAAUAAGAUCAUCAAUUUGCAGCAUUAGCCAUCUAAUGAAUGCAGGGAUCUCUAAUGUGUUUAUCCGUUUUAAGGCAAAAUUAUUCAAAGGUGUCACCAUGGGAAAUUUGACUGGUCAGAGUCAAAAUUGUAAAUAACAAGAGCAAGCAAAGUGAGCGACUGCAUAGUUUAACAAGCUGUUUUUUCUACUAUGCAUUGUGAAAUUUCUGACUUUGACACUACAAAUUUGCACUGCUUUGUAGCGCCAGGUUCUAGUCAAAUGACAUAAAAUGGUAUAUUAACAUCAUUAGAUAUUACAAAGGUGUAUUAGGGCUACACUGAAGAAAAACAAAAAAAAUAAAGUUGAAAUUUUGCAGUCAUAAAUACAUGUCAGCAUUAGCAAUGUUGACAGUCACUAGUCAGCUUUAUUGUCAUCAAAUGACAACAUUUUUUCUCAUAACAUCUCGGCUUUUCUUUACUUUAUUGUUUUAAGAUUAGGACCUUUUGUCGAGAAAAUGCAACUUUUAAAAAAAAAUACUCAUAAGAUUAUGAAUUUUCUGGGAAAAAAUUACUUUUUUUCUUGUCAUAUUAUGAAAAAGUGAAAUUUUAUUGUUGUACGAUUAUGAGUAUUUUUUUUUAAUCUAAACAUACAAUUUUAUACAACUAAAUAGAACUUUUCUGUAAAAUACAACUUAUUUAUCUUGUUUAAAAAAUACACUUUAUUUUCAUAAGAGUACGACUUCUCGAAAAAAUGCAACUUCUUUCUAACAAUGCUUUUUUUCUCAAAAAAAGUAUGAAUUCAUUGUUAUAAGAUUACGAUUUUUUUCUUGUAAAUUCUUUUUUUUUUUAGAGUUUGUGUUCUCAUGGGAUUCUUAUUUUUACAAAAUAUGCCUUUUUUUUGUUUUCAGUGUGACCCUAAUACUCCUAAAGAUUUGUAGAUAAUAUCAGGUAAAGAAAAAAAAGAUCAGCAAAUACAUCACAAUGAAGAUCCUACUAGGGCCCUGUUCAUGUAUUUGGGUGCUAAUAAUACUGUAUUACCGCUGCAGAGAAGCACAAACCAAAGGGAGCUUUAGCAGCACCAGGAAUAUAAAUAUGUAUAUGCUGCACAAUCACUACUGCAUAGAUUUAAGAGGCCUUGUUCCAAAAUUCUGAAAAUUCAACUGAAAAAAUGAAUAAAUAAAAGAACAUGAAUGUUUUUUCAGUGUUCAAAGCCUCUGUGACAUUUUCCUGAGUCAUCAGGUGGUUUUGUUUUUCAAAAGCUAUUUGUAUUGUUUCAUGGAAUUCUGUAGCAUGUGUUCUUGAAAAUGUGUAAAUAAUUUACUAAAUAAA